AGCUUGAGAUUUUAUAGUUCUACUAGGUGAGCCGCAAUGAUUAGUUUUUAUAGUAAUUAACACAAAUACUCAUUCUAACCUAUCAAAUUUUUUCUCAGCGUACUUCUGCACAGCAAAAUUCGUAAUCGGGAUGCUGUGUGUCGCGAUAUUUCUAAUCUGCAAGUGCAGAAGAAGGCACUUAGCAAUGGACAAGAACAUUGAAGAAUUUUUGGAAGCUCAUAACAACUUUUUGCGCAUAAGAUACUCUUACUCGAAUAUUAAGAAGAUCACCAAAAAUUUUAAGCAUAAACUGGGUAAAGGAGGGUAUGGUUCCGUGUACAAAGGAACGCUCAGAAGCGGCAAUGAAGUGGCCAUAAAGAUUUUGAAGUAGUCCAAGACUGAUGGCCAAGAUUUUAUCGGUGAAGUUACUACUAUCGGAAGAAUUCACUAUGUUAAUGUAGUACAACUCAUUGGUUUUUGCUUUGAAGGCUCGAAACAAGCUCUUGUCUAUGAUCUCAUGUCAAAUGGAUCUUUGAACAAGCACAUUUUCACCGAUCAAGGAGAUAAGUUUCUUGAUUAUGGAAAAAUAGAUGAGAUUGCAAUUGGAGUGGCGAGGGGCAUUGAAUAUCUACAUCGAGGGUGCGACAUGCAAAUACUACACUUUGAUAUCAAGCCUCAUAACAUUCUUUUAGACCAAUAUUUCACUCCGAAAGUCUCUGAUUUCCGACUAGCGAGGCUUUAUCCUACUGAUCAUAGCAUAGUUUCAUUGAUCAUUGCAAGAGGAACCUUGGGAUAUAUGGCGCCCGAGUUGUUCUACAAAAACAUUGGCGGUGUAUCUUAUAAAGCGGACGUCUAUAGCUUUGGGAUGUUGCUCAUGGAAAUGGCAGGUAGAAGGAAGAAUACAAAUGCAAAUGUAGAACGCUCAAGCCAAAUUUAUUUUCCCUUGCAGGUGUAUGACCAUGUCAGUGAAGAAGAAAGUGUUGAAAUGGAAGAAGUAGUAGAAGAGGACAUGAUGGUGAUAAAAAAGAUGAUAAUGGUUGCACUUUGGUGUAUACAAUUAAAUCUUGAUCAUCGGCCUUCAAUGAGAAAAGUCCUAGAAAUGCUUGAAGGAGAUAUUCGUAAACUUCAAAUGCCUCCAAAACCACUUAUUUACCCACAGAAUGAGCCAGUGAGCAAUGACAAAGCGAAGAUGGAAUUAGAAACAUUCUCAACUUCAUCAAGUGCUCAAAUAAUUUCCGCUAGUUUUCCUUUUGGAGAUAGAGAUAAUGUUUAGAGAAUCAUUCAUAGUUUGAU